UAAACAAGUUGACGAAUAUCUCAACGACUGGUAUGAGAGAAAAAAGAAAGAAGAGGAAGUUUGUCCUCACUAUGAUCAUAAAAAAGAAGUACUUAAGCUUAAUAAUCAUUAUAAUAAACAAAGGAUUUUUGGAACUUUAAUUUCAGCUGUUGUUAGUGCUAUUAUUAAGUAUAUUGAGA